AUUACCACCCUUAGCCGAACAUCCUGGUAUCAUAUAUAUUUUUACACCAAAAGCUUUAAGACAUUAUGCAGUUCAUUUAAUACAUAACGUGAAAUUUUACCUAUAUAAAUGGUAAGCAUUUUAAGUUUAACAAAACAUGUUGAAUACAAUGCAAUUGGGUCUAUAAAUCAUUUUCAUUUUACUCAUCGAUCUUAUAUUACCGAUGAACUGUGAGAUAAUUAAUAAAGUCUUGAAGCAGAACAAACAACGACUUUCUGUAUUUACCAAAUGGAUUGGAAUAAAUAAUUAGGGCGACUAAGGGGAACUCCAUCACUCUUAGUCAGUCGAUGAUCGUCACAUAAGCUGACUUUUAGGUGAUAUCGUGCACGAUUAGAAAGAUACUCGCGCAUUGGGGGAGUAAACUGCGAAAUGGAACCGAGAAACUGAUUACUUCUUAUCCGAGAAGAAAUUUUGCGCAGAUACAAACUAUCAUUGCAUACUGAUCCGAAUAAAGAGAUUCAAGUUCCUGGGUAAUUGUAACAAUCGAACCAAAUGUAUCCAGGAACAAGGAAUAAUUUUAAGGAAUAAGCAGCAGGAAAGUGAAAAGUUUAUUUUCAUAUACUUUCUUGUUUCUCUCGUUAUUAUUUUCUAUGUAAUCUAUUAGAAAAAGCCUUUUUAUUCGUUCUUCAGUUAUGAAAACACUAGUAUCAAAAUGUUUGAUAAAAGCAUUCCUGUAACAAGAUCCGGUCAUCGCGAGACGAAGAAGAUCGCAUAACACUUACAAGAGUGCAGACGCACUUACAUCACCGUUUACAUAUCCGUGCUUCUUAGAAUUUCCCCUAUCAAACCGUUUCCCCUUCCCCGCUUUAAUCCAAAUCCUCAGGCUUCUUCGACGGUUCGCAUAAGUAAGCUGAAGAAGAGAAAGAAGACGAGAGAAAGAGGUGUUUUGGUGGGAGUCAACGAUUCAACCUACCAGGAUUAUCAUCCAGCAUUAGUUAACAGUCGUAAAGAGGAUCCCGAAGAAAUGGGAAUGAUGCGGCUGAUCUUUGUUAUCCUAAUUUGUUUCUCGGGCACGGUGUUCUCGAAAUACUAUGAGAAGAGACGUUUCGAUCGUUCCAUCGAAGCUAAUUCCGAACCAUCAGUUGUAAAGAAACGAUGGAUAUUUACUGAUUCCGAAACGCAUUAUAGAGCGUACAAAGACAAAAAAGAAAACAACUGUUAUUUGGAGAAGUUAGAUGACAAUGUUGUUUCAGAAGAAUAUCCAAAUACUAAGUUCCAACAACGAAAUCAAGUUUCAAAAACAUUUUAUGUGUCUGAUGAAGCCUUGACAAAAUUAGAGGCAUGGCAACUUGCAGGGGGUAGAAUAGUUGACUUUUGUCGGGGUCGUAAGAUUAUUCUAUUACAAAACACCAUACCGAUUCCUGAGAAAACCGUUGAUCCCUUUUUUAAUAUGCUUCCAUAUGAUGAAAACGAUAUCGCGACAAGAAGAGUAGCCGACAUAGUUUUAACGCCUCUGAUAAAUAGAGCUAAAAGACAAAUCGAGCUUGAAAAACGGCAAGAGCUUAAUAAGUAUUUUAAUCAACAACGUUCAAGACGCCAAGCACAACAACCGCAAGGAAAAUUUCGAGGACAAACUCAAUCUCAGUACUUGAGUAUUGGUACCGAUGAUCAAAAAGAAGGUAAAGCUGAAGCUGAAGCUACUCAACAAUCUUCUCGUUCAGUCGUUAGUGGAAGUCGGGGUAUGGGACAAGCGCAAAGUAUGUCAUUUGGUAGUAUCGGGUGCGAAGAUUGUUCUAAAUAUACUAGCGAAAGUGCACCAGAUAGAUAUAUUCAACAUCCAGGCACUGGCACUGGUUAUGCUAGAACUUCUCUACCAAAACAAGACGGAACUACUUACCCUCAUGACCUUACACCAAGUACUUUAAUAAAAGAUGGAAGAAGACCUUAUUCAGGUGGUGUAUCUUAUCCUGUGGUACCUGGAAGUGUACCAGGUACUACAGGAACUGGAGGCGGUACAGUUUAUCCCGGUGGUAUACCUGGUACUACAUCCGGAGGUGGCACAGUUUAUCCUGUAGGUGUACCUGGCACAACAUCUACCGAUGGCGGUACAGUUUAUCCUGGAGGUGUACCUGGUUCUACAACUGGAGGUGGUACAGUUUAUCCUGGAGGUGUACCUGGUUCUACAACUCGAGGUGGUACAGUUUAUCCUGGAGGUGUACCUGGUACGACAACAGAUGGUGGUGUAGUUUAUCCCGGUAGAGUACCUGGCACUACAACAACUGGUGGUGGUACAGUUUAUCCUGGAGGUGUACCUGGUACGACAACAGAUGGUGGUGUAGUUUAUCCCGGUAGAGUACCUGGUACUACAACAACUGGUGGUGGUACAGUUUAUCCUGGAGGUAUACCUGGUACUACAACUGGUGGUGGCGUGGUUUAUCCUGGUGGUGUACCUGGUACCACAACUGGUGGUGGCGUGGUUUAUCCUGGAGGUAUACCUGGUACCACAACUGGUGGUGGUGUAAUUUAUCCUGGUGGUGUACCUGGUACCACAACUGGUGGUGGUGUAAUUUAUCCUGGGGGUGUACCUGAUACUAGAACUGGUGGUGGUGUCGUUUAUCCUGGAGGUAUACCUGGUACUACAACUGGUGGUGGUGUGGUUUAUCCUGGAGGUGUACCUGGUACUACAACUGGUGGUGGUGUGGUUUAUCCUGGAGGUGUACCUGGUACUACAACUGGUGGUGGUGUCGUUUAUCCUGGUAGAGUACCUGGUACUACAACGACUGGUGGUGGUACAGUUUAUCCUGGAGGUAUACCUGGUACUACAACUGGUGGUGGCGUGGUUUAUCCUGGCACUAUACCUGGUAUCACAAGUACUGGUGGUGUAGUGUACCCCGGUAGCACAGGAGGGCAAAUAGAAUCGAAAUCCGUUGCAGAUGCUACUGCAAUAUAUCGUAAUGGACAGAUUCCUGGAGCUAAAUUUCCAGGUGAAGUAAUGUACCCUACUGUUGAUGGAGGCGGUAUAAAUGGAGAUAGAAUUAGAUACCCUGGUGUACCAGGACCUGGUACUGUGCCUAGUGAUACUGCAGAUCAACGUACUGUAACUGGCUAUCCUGAUGGUACUUCAUUACCACCUGGUCAAUUAAGGGAAACUGUACCAGGAUCACAAACAUUAGGUACAGUAUCAAAAGGAGGUAGCACUUAUACUGGAGGUACUAUACCAACGAGUGUAGGUACUGCAAACUUAUACCCAGGAACUGCUGGACAACAAAUAGAUACUCAUGCAAUAAUUCCUUCUGGUUAUCCUCAACAAGGACAAUAUCCUGCAUAUCCACAACAAGGACAAUAUCCUGCUUAUCCACAACAAGGACAAUAUCCUGCUUAUCCGCAACAAGGCCAAUAUCCUGCUUAUCCACAAGGACAAUAUCCUGGUACUGUAACAUGGCAAAAUGGUGAAAAACCAAUUGCUCAGCAAUAUCCAAGUGAAGGACAAAAUAUCAGACAAUAUCCAGAAUCACAAUAUCCAUCUAAAGUAGGACUCGCAACGAAUGCUGGAGAAACUUCUCAAUAUUAUCAGCAACCAGGUACUCUUCCAUCUGGAGAAGAUGAUAACUCGAAUUCUCAGGCAUCUAGCAUUGUAAAACAAACUGAUGCAGGUACUCAAGCAAGUGCAUCAGCCCAGGGAAAAUUUGGGCAAGGCACAGCACAAUCUCAAGUAACAGGUACAUAUAGUGGUUCUGGAUCGUUUUCAGCUCAAGCUGGUAGUACUGAUGUUAAUAAAAGUGCUCAAACUGAAAUUAAUGGUGGUAAAGAGAGUGUUACAAGUAAUGCUCAAGGAACAGGUGGUUAUGGAAAAAGUCAAGCACAGGUUCAGUUAGAUUCAGAAUCUGGUGCUACAUCAACAGGUGCACAAAGCAGUGGUUGGAAUCAUGGUACGAAUUCUCAAGUACAAGCAAGUUCAAAAGGAGGAAUGGCAGAUGCUCAAGCAAACGGCGAAGGAAGUACUUCGAGUCAAGCACAGAUUGGUUUUCAACCAUAUCUUAAGACGGAUGAAAAAGUUGAAAGACACGCAAAACCUUACCGCGGAGGUGGAACAGCCUCCGCUCAAAGUGGAACGCACAGAGGACAAUCUCAAUCUCAGUUAGAAGGAUCCUUUCAAUAUGGAAUUACUUAUACCGGUGCUGCACAAGCAGGAUCAGGAUCUGGUGCAGCAGCUUCUAGAAAACCAUUCAACUUUAAUCUAACAGAUACUGAACCAUUUAAGCUAUUCAAACCAUCUUACAUUCCGCAAAUUGUGAAAAAUAAUAAUAGCGAAACAGGAAAUAUAUCUUCUGACACUGAUUAUGAAUACAAUCAAGAUAAACUUCAGCAAGGUCUACAGACAAGUUCUAGUUCCCAGAAAGCAGUUUUCAUUAAACAACCGACAAAUGAAAAUUCAAAAAAUGUAGGUAACACACAAACUCAAUUUAAUACAGAAUCGCAAACAGAUGAUAUGUUAGAUGAUUAUAAAGACUAUGAUGCUGAAGAAGAUGAUUGGGAAGAACGAAACAUUAAUCAUCAAUCACAAGCGGUACAUCUUGCAACUGGAAAUCAAUAUGAUAUUCAUGUAAAGCAAGAUACGAACACAGCACAGGUUGGUGAUAUGCUUCAACCUGGACAGUCAGUAUCAGGAUACACUAUACCGCCUGGUUUCCGUGGCAGAGUAACAUCCGUAGCUGGUAGCGAAACUAUUGCCCACGGUGAUGGGAAAUCUCAAUCUCAAUCAAUUUCUCUAGUUCCAGUAGAGCCGAAUGUUAGCCACGGGAAUAAAUCGCCUAUUUCAGAAACCAGAUCACUUAAAACUAAUCGUGAAAGACUAGCUGAAGAUUAUGUUUCGUCCAACAUAGAAAAUUCAAAACCUACAGCUAAUAUACCAAUGAAACCAAGUUAUUACACAGUAACGAACAGUGUUGCUGGUAAAAUUGAUGGUAGUAGAAAUUCACCAAGGAAGUAUGAACAUCGUUAUUAUACUAAAAGUUCAACAUGUGGUUAUUUUACAUUUUCUUGUAAUAUCGUAUAUGGUUCUAAUGGAAGAACAAAAAUUUGUAAACCAAAAAUGCCAACAAACCCAGAUGGUACACCUAUGAAAUGUUAGACAAUUGUUAUUAA